AUGCAACAACUAUAAAAUUGUCUGCUUGAUAAAGACAUGAUUCUCUAAAGUGAUGGUACUUUAUAUAUUGGAACUUUUAAUUAAUCACACCUUGAGGGUUACAGUUUAGUGAUUAAUCCUGAUGGAUGUAAUUCUAAAAUUAAUUAUAAGCCUAUUAUUAUGGAUUCUUUAAGAAAUCUAAACCUAAAGAUGUAGGUGUUUACAAAUUAAAGAACUCUUGUCUAAAAUUAUUCUGGGGAGAUGAUGAUACAAUCAAGUAUGUAGAAAACAUUGAAAAUAUUGGCUUUUUACAUAAAAUUAUUUCAUUCAAGAAUAAUUGUUAUGGCAAUAAAUUACUCAUCAGAAUCAAUCCAUUAAGUUAUGGAGUUUCUAAGAACUAAAAAUAUGAUGGAUUUACAGUAAUGCAUUAUAAAAACGGUGAUAUAUAUUAUGGGAACGUCUAAAAAGGAAAAUAAAAUGGAGAAGGCAUUCAUUACAAUAAUUAUUUACAAGAAUGGUAUUGGAAUAAAUAUAUUCAUGGAAAGUUAAUAUCUCAUUAAUUUUAUGGCAAGAAUCUUGUACCAAGAGAAUUAAUUAGUAAAAUUAUUAUCAAUAAAUUAGGCAAACUAUUUAAUAAAUCAAAUUUAAAGUCUUCUUAAAUAAGUAUGGUCUCUCUUUCUAAUAUACAAUAAUUAAUAAUCAAUUAAUUGCUACUUAAUAGCGAGUAAAAUCAUUUAUCUUUAGCAUCAACAGUACAAAGUGCUAAUAUUAUUCAUCAAGGAAACUACUCUUAAAUUUUAGUUGAUGUAGAGGAUACUUAACAGAAUGAUGAGUUGGAGAUUUUGUAGGAUUCCUAAAUUAUAUCUAUAGAUUAAGAUCUUAAUAUUUAUAAUCAAAAUGAAUAAUCAGAAGGAAUAGAAGCAAAAUUAUCAAAGUGCUAAACAGAAGAAGCAUUAUUAAAAAUUGAGAAAUAAAGAUAGAAUAAAUUUUUAACAUAGCCUUCUAAAUCAAAAUCUCCUUUAAAUAGUAGACAAUAACAAAUAAAUUUAAAUACAAUGUAUUCAGCACCAAAACUUACAAUUUAUAAGAGAUCUGUUUCACCUGUUUUUACUACUAUUCGUCACUUAUUUUCAGUAAUCAGAAUUUGA